AUGUGCCUAAAACCGCCCUCCCAAGACGGAAUAGAAAGGGAAGGAACUUCGUCAAUUCUCCCUGGAGCAUCGGCGCGGCGCAGCGCGGCGCGGCGCGGACGCAGCGCGGCCGAGGGCGGCCCGCGAUAUCCAGCCCCGAUACAGGCCGCUGACUUAUUGAAUCCCGCUUCAAUUAGAGCCCCCGCCUGCUGCCCGCAC